UUGCUUCAUAGGUUGCUUUAGGGAGAUACAUGGCUCCCAGAGUUCCGUUGUAAAUAUGGUCGUCUGUGUAUGAUAAAUUUUUCUUUGGUCGUCUGCAAGGUUUUUGGCUUUAGCUGUUCCAGUGCCAGAUCAUUAGGCCGUAUAUGCCAUAAAAUGGACUAAAUAUUAUUCCUAGAUUUCAAGUUGUCCUACAAAGAAGUAAAUGGAAACAGAAUGACCAUGGGAUAAUCCAUUCAAAUUUUUAAGUGAAAUCUGGACUGAACUUGAUCAUGUGUGUGAUUGAAUGUGGAAUACAAACUGGGUCCUGACUGUACCUGAGUAUGAUGAUUCAUGAAUACAGCAAAAUGUUCAUCUUCACAUUUAAACCAUGUAAACUGUCUAAAUGAUGUAAGACAUGGUGAAGGCUAAAAUGAGUCGAUCCAACUCAGACUACAGCUCCAUUGAUGACUUGUCUCUACCAAGAAACCAGUCUACAGGGUCAGGUCUACCAGUGCCUGCCCCUCACACCCUCAGAGAACGCAGCAACAGUGAUUCCAAUCUUAGUCUUAGCAGUCCACAGAGCUGGUCAGCUCUGACUGUGGACCGCCGGGAAUGUAUCCUGGACCACAGUCAUUCUUGCCACAUAGUUGUAUCAUGGGACAUAAGAGAGGAUGUCUCUGCUCAGGACUGGAUUGCCCUUUAUCGUGCAGAGGAAACAGACAGCUCAAAGUUUUUGGAAUGCAAAACAAGAGGAGCCUGUGGGGGACAAACAGGACAAAUCACCUGGGACUUUUCCAAUAUUGUUCAUGUGCUUGACAAGGAUGUUACCCAUGUGUGCUUCAAGUAUUUCAAAGGUUCUUCGGGUGAUGUUGUGGCCACAAGUCCCAUUGUCACUGUCAGAAAGACUUCAGACACUGAUCAGACAUCCAUUUACCUGGACAAAGCAUCUGUUGUCAAGUCUGAUGAAUCACAAGUGCUCUUUAGACUCUGUAUUUCAGAACUGGAAGCAUGCAAUCUGAAAAAGGGUGUAUUUUUUAACCCUGAUCCUUACAUGAAGCUUACAAUCAUUCCCAGCCAAGCACAGCCACCUGAGGGUCACCACUACCGUGAUCUGCGUUCGUCGGUGUGUCCUAGUACCACAAAUCCAGUUUGGGACAAUGAGACAUUCACACUGGAUGCCUAUGUGUCUGACCUAGUGGAGCUUGAAGUCAAGGAUAAAUUCUCUAAAAGCAGGCCCACCAUGAAUCGGUUCCUGGGCAAGGCAGUGGUUGCUGUGCAGCGCAUCAUGGACAAAAUAAUUCAGGAGCAGGGGCCAGCCUACUUUCAUUUGGAUCUUACUCGACGAAAUCCAUCUGAUAAUGUCAGUGGCACGAUCAAAUUCAAAACAGCCAUGGAAAUGCUUUUGAGCAACUCCAUAAAGGGGGAAGAACGAAAGAAGAACCAUCAGCGCAAAACAUCUCUUCCAGCUCAUCUUAAUUUAGUGUCUGGGCAGACUCAUGUUUCUGGACACAGGCACCGGCACACAGAUCCUGGUUUGCCAUCUGCCAGAAAUGUUUCUAGAGACUCUGGAAUCACAGAGGAAGUUCAUGACACAUGUGACACAGCCAUAUCACAGAUGACUAAAAGCAAGGUUCCUAGAAGUGAAGCGGAGCAAGAAACUUUAUCUGUGCAGGACAGCUUUGAUCAGAGCAGUCCAUCUGCAUGUGCUGUACCAAAUAGUGGGAAUGGAAGGACUAAAAUUGCAGCAAAUAAUGGGGCUGGGCCAUCUGGUGUGACUGGCACAGCACUCCAUAACCAGACAGAUAGCUCUGACUCUGGUACAUCCAUGUCCUUGAUUUCUAGUGGUGAUAACUCUGGCGGCUCCAUUCCCCAGGCAGGGCCAGGUUUUACCUCAGCACUUCAGUCUGCAGAAGAGGAAGAGCCAAGGGACAGGGAGGAAGUGCUGAGGUCUGGUGAUGGCCGUCUGUCUGUCAACAAUGGUUGUGAUUCUUUAAAUGGGAUUAUGCAUCGCAGUACCUCUGGAGACAUACAUAGUAGUAUAAACCACAGUGGAGGUUUAGGGCCCAACGGUAGGCAGCAGGAGUCUCAGGUGCAUAGCCAGGUGGCAGCUAUCAUUGGUUUGCCUGGUGGCAGAGAAGGGGGUGCAGCUGUGGUCAGUUCUAUGGGUGGACAGACUGUUGUGAACAGAACAGACCAAGGAGGAGCGUUAAGGGGUUGCACACCAGACCCUCCUAGCCUUCCUCCAAGAACCUACAGGGAACAACCAGCUCCUCCCCUCCCACCACGGCACCAUCGUCGUGAAAAAGAAGCCCCUCCACUGCCUCCCCGCCACAACUCUGAAAAAGUGCAUAGAAAACGGCAGGCAGAACCUGUCCCCAUGGAACGAACCAUGUCACUGGACUUGCCUCCUCCUCCACUGCCACCUCGGACAUACAGCCCUAUUCACAUGGCAAGUGGCAGCCACAGUCCGGGCUCAGCCAUUCCCAGUUCCCAGGUACCAGAUGGGGGCAGUAGUGAGGGCUUUGCUCCAAUCUCUCACUGUGAUAACUCCCAUCAUCAUCACGUCAGUUUUGAGUCCCCAUCCACAAGCAAUGAAAGUGCAAGCACUUCACGAGAAGACGAUUCUAUGGAUGCACUUUCGCGAUCACAGCUGGGCUGCCAGCAUCCCCAGUCACGUCACAGUGUUGCAGAACUAGAAAGAACACGAGGUCGAGAUCCACUCUUAGCCCAGAACUUGGGACUGAUCAAUCAAGCUCGCGAACGUAACUCCCUUCCUGUGUUGACGGAUAAUUCACCCAGCCUUCACUCAGGAGGCAUCACACCACCUGUACGUCCCCAUCCUAGGUUAGUGCGCACAUCUGCCAUGGACCAGUCGCUAGCCCACCGGCCCCAACCACCACUUGUCUCCAGCAUCAGUGAACAGACACCUCCCACAGCGCACGAACACACAGAACUUCAGAGAUUGCGUGGCAGGAGUGUUGAUGCUGUGAGUUCAGAGCAGGGGGGAAUGACUCCGUCCUCAUCGACUGUCAUGCCCCCACGACUACAACCAAGAGUCCGUAUGUCAGAAGAAGAGCGGCAACAGCAGUGGCAGCAGAUCAACCAGCAACUGCAACUGUGGACCAGGCGUCAGAAAAAACGAGUGGAGAGCCCGCAGCUUGAUGCUCAUGGCCAUUCUCCAGGACCUGACAGUGAUGACAUGACAAUGUCAUUCAACGAGUGUGAAUCUUCUCAUCUUGAAGCGCCAACCUUGCCGUCAUCUAUGUCCAGCCCACAUAUCAGUGCACAGUCUGCACAUGGUGCCCACUCGCCAUUAGCAUCAGGCCAGCAGGGCCUUGAUGAUAUGCUUGAUGGCCGAGAGGGAAGGAUGAGGUCCAGCGUAGCCAGCAGCAACAGUCACUCCCGAGACAACGGUACACCCCAUGUGGCAUUGUCGCGGUCGGCUUCCUCAGGACAUGCACACAGUCGCAGCACAGGUGAAGGAGGUUCAGCACCAUUACCCAAGGUGCCUGCUCGUCGUCCUAAGUAUCACCGUGUGGAUGGUACAGAUGAUCCUCUUCCAUCAGGAUGGGAAGCACGUGUAGACAGCCAUGGAAGAAUUUUCUACAUAGAUCAUGUCAAUCGUACCACAACAUGGCAGCGACCAUCACUUGGUACCCAGACAGUCCAGCGAAGGCCAACGUUAAGCUCUGAGCAGCGACAGCAGUUGGACAGGAGGUACCAAAGUAUACGUCGAACUAUCACCCAAAGUCGACAGCCUGAACCAGAACCAGUUCCCACGAUGCAAGAAAAUGCUAAUUCAGGGCCACCGCAAAAGCAAGAAGUUUCACCAAGACAAAGUGAACCAGGGCCAGCACAUCCUAAUGAUCCAGAACGAUCCAUCUAUCGACUCCCAGCAGUUCGCUUUUUGACUCGUCCAGAUUUUUUUCCGAUGCUUCAGGGCAAUGAGGUGGCUAUGGCAGAGUACAACAGAAAUGGUACAUUAAAGCACAUGAUCACCAAAAUUAGGAGAGACCCACGAACAUUUGAAAGGUACCAACACAACAGGGACUUGGUCUCGUUUAUGAACCUCUUCUCAGAUACUUCAAAGGAGUUACCGCCUCGCUGGGAAAUGAAAUAUGAUAGAGCAGGAAAGCCGUUCUUCAUAGACCACACAAUGCGAGCCACCACAUUCAUUGAUCCCCGCCUGCCUGUGGAGGUACCACUUAUCAAUCCAGACUUUCUGCAGACACCUGUGGCACGGGGACCAGGACGAGGUGCAAGAACGGAACCAGCAGUUUCUGAUGCUCCUGUGCCUCCUCCACGCCAGCCAGUGGAGACACCUAGUUCGAUACCUACAGCAUACAAUGAGAAAGUGGUGCUUUUCUUAAGGCAACCUAAUGUUGACGAACUGCUGAAGGAAAAGGUUUGUCAUUAUUCAGCCAAUACUGCAUUGCGAGAGAAGGUACACAAGAUAAUUUCUCGAGGGACUGAAGUUCUGGACCGGCUGUCUAAUGAUAUUGACCUUAUUCUGUUACUAAGUCAGUUUGAAAAUGAGAUAAUGUCCUACGUGCCACCUAGUCCCAACACUCGCCAGACCAUAAGCACACCAUCAGGCAGCACAGAGCAUGCAGUCCAGGAAUCACCACAAGCUGUUCAGAGAGGCCCAGUGCGUGUACCAGCACCAUACAAGCGAGACUUUCAGGCCAAGCUGAGAAAUUUCUACAGAAAACUGGAGUCUAAAGGCUAUGGUCAAGGACCAGGAAAAUUAAAGCUGACUGUCAGGCGGGAUCAUGUUCUAGAAGAUGCUUUUAAUAAAAUCAUGUCUACGCCUAAAAAAGAGCUUCAGAAAAAUAAACUGUACAUCACCUUUGCUGGUGAAGAAGGCCUUGACUACGGUGGCCCUUCCCGGGAGUUCUUCUUCCUGCUGUCACGAGAGCUGUUCAACCCAUACUACGGCUUAUUUGAGUAUUCUGCCAAUGACAGCUACACUGUACAGAUCAGCCCUCUGUCUGCCUUUGUGGAGAAUGCGCAUGAAUGGUUUCGAUUCUCUGGUCGUGUGUUGGGUCUGGCCUUGGUCCAUCAGUAUCUACUUGAUGCCUUCUUUACCCGUCCAUUCUACAAAGCUCUUCUUCGGGUGCCUCUGUCUUUAGAUGAUGUGGAAACUAUAGACACAGAAUUUUACCAGAGUUUGCUGUGGAUCAAAGAGAAUGACAUAUCUGAAGUAGACUUGGACCUCACUUUCUCUGUUAGUGAAGAAGUCUUUGGCCAGGUGACAGAGAGAGAACUGAAACCAAACGGCAAAAACAUUCCAGUGACAGAGCGCAACAAGAAGGACUACCUUGAGCGCAUGGUCAAAUGGAGGUUGGAACGUGGGGUCACGGAACAGACAGACAGUCUUAUUAAGGGAUUCCAUGAAGUGCUUGAUGGUCGACUGGUUUCUAUAUUUGAUGCUCGGGAGCUGGAGCUGGUAAUAGCUGGCACCGUGGAGAUUGACAUUGCAGACUGGCGCAUGAAUACAGACUACAGAUCAGGCUAUCAUGACCAGCACCCUGUGAUUAUUUGGUUCUGGGAGGCUAUUGAAAAGUUUGAUAAUGAACGGCAGCUGCGACUGCUCCAGUUUGUGACAGGCACAUCAAGCAUCCCCUAUGAAGGGUUUUCAGCUUUACGUGGGAGCAAUGGGCCAAGAAAAUUCUGCAUUGAAAAGUGGGGGAAGAUCACCAGCCUUCCACGGGCUCACACUUGCUUCAAUCGAUUGGACCUACCCCCAUACACAACCUGUGAAAUGCUGUUUGAGAAACUGGUCAUGGCAGUUGAAGAGACAUCAACUUUUGGCAUUGAGUGAACCGUAUAUAGCUCAAAUUGCUACUACAGUUUUUUGGAUGGGAUCAACUUUGCAGAACUUUGAAAACCUGCAAGUACUACCAAGACAGUUGUGUUAUGUGCUGGGGAUUCAGGGUGAAAGUGUGUGUAGAGGGUCGCUUGUGUUUAAAAAAAAUACAUUGCUGCUGAAGAUUUUGGCUUCUGAUGGACAAAAAAAAUUCAGUCUUGCAAACUGACAUAGGAAUCUAAAAGAAGAAACCUUGCUAUUACUGGCAGCUUAGGGAAAACUGUAUUCACGUGUCAGAAGAAGAGCAACAAUCUCCAGCAAAUUUGGCUAGAGCUGUCAAGUAGAUGCUCAAAAGAAAGUGAAACUGAGGUACACCCUGUCAUGACCAGGUAUAUUUCAUAUGAUGCAGCCUAGAGUCAAUUGUAUUUAAUAUGUGUCAAGCAGUAGUAGUAACAGUAAAUCACAGGGAAUUCUGAAAUAAAAAGCAGUAGACAUUCACUAUGAUAAUUUAUUUUUAUGGUUUGUAGACAUAGCAGUAAAAUAGAAUGAGCUCGCACAGCAAGAUUCUAAUUAAUAUGUCACAUGGCAGAAAGAAAGCAAUGUUUUCAAUCCAUAGCCAACGAGCACCUCAGGUUUUAUUGCCAGAGGUAGCAACAUAGCUUAAGAUGUCACACCUGACAGUUGCCAAUGUUUUCAUGCAGAGAAGGUUAGAACUCUUGCCAGCAAAAUGUUCCAUAUACCUUUUGGCUUUUUAUGUGGGGGUCAUGAAGCUUGAAAUGCUAGUUUCUUUGCCAUGUAAAUAAAUAGCCAUUUCUUUGAUAAUUUGGAUUUUCCUUAAAGGUAGAAGAGCAGUAGUAUACAGACAGACUCCAGAACACUGGGUGAAGGGGAGUUUAUGGGCAUGGUAGCAGAUUUUCUGUCCAAAAUUGAGAAGGGAUGUGCAACAGUCAGAGCUACAUUUGGAUUAAUGACUGCUGAACAUUUUUUUUUUAAUGUGUGAGCACUGUGAAAGGCUAGAAUAUGAAUAAAGAUGGCCUAUGUUUUUAAAAUGCUAGAAGAGAUAACUGUUGGAUAUAAAGCUGCUUAUCAUAACACACACACCUACAUGUCAUCUCCAUUUGUAUUCAGUGUCUGGAGGACCACACUUAUAUUGUGUACGCUUAAACACUGCCUUUUGUCAUUGUAUCUUAUGAUGGAUAAAAUUAAGGAGAAUUUUAUGUUGUUUGGAGCCUCUCCUUCCAUAUCAAGUUGGCUUUAUCCUUUUUGUGAAUGAGACAAUAGUUUUAUGAAUAGAUGCUGCACUGAAUAAGUUGGAAACAAAGCCCUCAUAAAGAUGAAGUGGUUGGCUGAUUUGAGUUCAUUGCCUCAUCCCUGGAUUUUGUGAACAAAAGAAGGGGAAAGGGAUCUUUUGUGGAUUACCUAAAGACAGUAAUUUAUAGUCUCCUAAAUGUCACGAGAAAGGAAUAUGAAAUAUGUAGUUUGCUUAAUACAUUUCCAUUAAUUAGCUUCUGCUGUUCAUGGGGAAAUGGCAGAUCAUCACAAAAAUUCAAGAAUAUCUUCUUUCAAAGGAAGAUUUAGUGCCAUGAAAAUUGUAUAUGCUUGUUUAUGCAUAAGACAGUCUUAGUUAUGACUUUGCUGUGUCCACUGUAAAAUGGUUAUUUUUUUUUUUUUAAAUGUGCUAUUAGUAUUUGUUUUCCUUAUGUUAAUGAUGAAAUUUUCAUGCUCAUAUUUGUUUCCAAGUGCUUUAAAUUUUAAUUCUGCAAAGUAGAUGUCAGUAUCCAAAAUGUAUUGCAUUUUUUUCCCUGAAAUAGAAAAUAAGUAAAGAGUUUGAUUUAAAAUGACUCAAUAUAUCCUGUGUUGGAAAGACAAUCAGUUCAACAUUUGGUUGAAUAGCCAGUGACCUCAUUAUCUUUCAAUCCAGAUUCCUGAGUAUCUACUUGUGUUGAAAGUCAGGUACCUUGCAUGUGCCCAUGUGGUCUGUGGGGUUUGUUAAUCCACAUGACUUUCCCUUUGCAAGGGAAGGUACCUCUCCCUUCUUGCUCCCCACCACCCUCUCUCUUUUCCAUUUUCUUUCUUUUUUUUUUUGUGCUGUGAACAAGUCAAAUGACAGUUGUUUUACAUCCAUCUGUUGCUUAUACAUGGGAAACCAGACCCAUUGUAACUAUUGCCUGUGAUAUUUAUUUUAGGGUGUUUUGUUUUUGAUAUUAUCAACACAAACCAUAGUCACAUACUCCUAGCACUCAUUUCUCAAUUAGAAUCAACUGCAUGGUGUGUGUCAAUGUAUGCAUACACAUACUUUGCAUGUAUGUGCAAGUAAUGUCUGACCUUGUUUGUGGCUAGUAGCAUAGGCCUUAUUAAUGCAUCUUUUUGCUUGCUUGGUUUUUUUUUUUUAAUUUUAAUUUUUGGUCUACUCACUUGGGGCUUGUGUUAAGCAUAUUUAGAUGACCAUAUCAAGCUUGUAAAAGUUUUGUAUUCAUUCACUUUUGAAAAUAUAACAUGGUCUUAACUGCUUUGUUACAGAUGCAUCCAAUUUGAGUACAUUCUGUAUUAAAGUAUUUGUAAGUGCAUAUGUGUGUUUGCACAUACCCACACAAGAGAGAGACCUCUACAGUUAGCUUCUCAAUGGCAUUAUCUUGAUAGAAUGCAUGUCACAGAGCAUAUAAAUAAGGCAUUUUGUGACUAUAUUGACAAGUUAAUGCUUACAACACUUGAUAAAAUAAAACACUUUCUGCCGACAUACAGUUACAAUGGUUGCUUUUGUGAUGCAUGCUUUAUGGUUGCAUGUUUCGAUGCUUUUUUUUUUCAAAUGAAUAGCCUUCAGUUUUCACACAAGACUGAUAAUGAAUGAUUUUAGAUGAGCUCUGCACUUAUCCAUGCAAAUAUGUUAAACAUCUUCAUGUACUGAUUUAUAUUUUUGAAGAAGUCUGAACUUUACAUUUAAUGUUGUGCUGUUGGUACUUCAGAUGUUGUGAGUUAAAUCAUCAUGUUCUAGUCAUCACCUUCUAUUGCUGUUGUUAAAAAUGUUUAACACUGGUAACAUUUUGCAUAUUUGUUGUGUGUAGAUAUAUCUGUGAGUGCACACUCAAGCAAUAUCUUGCUAACAAUAGUUUUCUUAUUCAAAAUCAUGUGUAGACAUUUGUUGUAAAUAUUGUACACACUAAAAUUGUCUGCAUUUACUGUCCUUUCAAUGGAAAUAACAGGACUUUUUUUCAAGUAUGGAAAAGAAGCAGACAAAAGGCAAAGGGCAUCAAUCAAAAAACAAUUUUCCUUCGCUUGUUUUAACUUAAGCCAGUGAACAAUGAGUAAAGAACAAAUAUUCUUCCAGUUUAUAACGAUAUAAAUUUUCACAGGUCACAAAGUGUGUUUGAGCUGGUAUGAAGUUAUGUUCGUAACCAAGAGAUGAAGAACCAAUAACACUGAUAACUGAGGGCUAACCUGAAAUAACUCAAUGCGACAAAAGAACAAUCUAAAUCAGUGGUUCUUAACCUUGCUUGAGGUACCGAACCCACAAGUUUCGUAUGCACAUUCACCGAACCCUUCUUUAGUGUCAUCACGAAUGGCGGGUGUGUCUUGACCUCCGUGGCGGAGGCUCCACCGAACCCCUGAGACCGACUCAUCGAACCCCGGUUAAGAACCACUGAUCUAAAUGCAGGCAAAAAAGUGACAGUUGUUAUAUCAGUGAUGUACUGCCUGUAAUUCUUAGUGCAUGUGCGUACAACAGUUAAUUUAGCUCAAUCUUAAAUCAUUCCUGUGCCCUAUGGCUGGAUUUUUAGUUCACUGACACUGUGGGUAAGGACUGUGCGAUGAGGGGGAGUGCAUGUCUGUGCGUUCUUCACAGAUUGCUUUAUGGACUUUCCCAUUCCUUGUGCAACAUAAGACAUUGUUAUUGCACAGGUAUACACACCUGAGAUAAGUUACCUGAUGGGCCAGUUUCCUGCUUGCUUUUAUUUUGCAGUGUAAAAUGCUUUAAGUUAAAUUGUUAGUUUCACUGUAUUGUUUCAAAAAGAGAGGGAUUCAGCUGUAAUAGUUGACUGUGAUUGCUGCAUCUUCUCAGCCAGCUGCAAUAGUUCUGUUUCAACUGUGCACCUUCAGUUAUAGAAGUGAGCAUAAGCUUCUGGGAUCUGAUCAUGCCUGGUAAACAUCUGCUAACAAUUUGCAGCGCUGAUAAAUGUAACUUAGAUACAAGGGAGUUCACCCAAUGAAUUUUUUUUUUAUAUAUGUGCAUUCUCCAUUGUUGUGAUGUUGAGAUACGGUUCUGCUUUUAAGAAAAAUUGAAUAUGUGUUUAUUUGAAGUUUGUGUUAAAUAAUCUGUUCAUACACAUUUUAUAAUACAUGUGUGUGCAUGCACAUGGAAGAGUGGAGUGUGUGUUGGCUAAAAAUGUCAAUAUUUUAUAUAUAUGUUUGACUUAUUUAGUCUUUUAACUGUUGAUGACAUGAGACAUGCAUACUUUUUUCUAAACAUGAUAACUAUGAUAAAAAAUUCUAGAACCUCAAAUUUAUUUCAGUGUGUAGAGAGAUCAGUGUUGUGUGUUUACCUAACCUCCUGAUAACUGCUUACACAUUCAGGAUUUGUCUAACUCACGUUUUGGGAAGGAAUGGAGGAACUAGUAUCAAGUUCAUGACACCAAAGCAACUGCUCCCCUUAAACAGGUGCCAUGUACAGAGAAAAAAAACCCAACUAUGCUGAACCACUGACACCAAUCCAUUGAACUGUUGACAAGCACUUGCUACACUAAUUGACCAUCUUGGAAGCAGGUGGGUACAAGGGAGAUUCCUCCCUAACCCCAAACUUGACUUUUUUUAUAAGUGGCUUUGUAAUCCUUUCUAUUAAGCAGAAACAAGAGAGCUUCAUCUGCAGAAGAAUGCAAAUAUUUUGCCAUUAUAACAUGGAAGUAGUGCAAGUGUUCAGUUUCUGCGAUCUGGUUUAGUUUGUUGGAAAGGAUGACAGCAUCUAUUUGACUGGUGUUUCAGAAGCAUUUCUAAAACACUUUUUUUUUUUUGUCUAAGCAUGGCUGGUUUUUAUUAAGCUCAAAAUAAUUGCCCUUUAUACGAUGCUAAAUCACAUUUACCAGCUCAUGCUUUGUCACUUUCUGAGACAGCUACUUGUAUUACUGCAGACUAAUCAGGGUAGUCCGGUGGCACUGUAAUAAAGUGUUUGUCACCAAGACCGUGAAGAUCAUUGGCUUUAGUUUCAGAUCUCAUGUGAGGCAGAGGUAAAUUUCUCUUCAGAUGUAAUAGCAGUUUACUAUGCUGGACAAGAGCAGCUUGCUGCAAUGUAAUUACAUUUACAGAUUCAGCAUAAAAUACAACCAACCAGCUACAUCAACAUUUUUAUUGUUUUCUGUGUUGCAAAGGGUGCCUUGUAACCCUAUUAAAAUUCACGUUCUAUCAAACUUAAAAAGGAAUGUAUGCAGCAUGCAUUUUGUGCUAGUGUGAUGCUAAAUGAAUUGAAGAAAUGAUUAGGCACAUUAGUUAAUUGUAACCUGCUUUAAAGUUAUCUUCAAUAUAUUAAUAAGAUGCCUGAAAAUCGUUCUGUCAUAGCCAUUAGCAGUUGUAUCCUUGGCCCCCAUCCCACUCACUCGUUACUUAACUUUUAUGUCUGAAACUUUGUUGUGUGCUUCUGAUUACGGCAGCCAGGGAUGUACUAAAUAUUGUAUUUAAUUUAUUUUUUCAUUGUGUAGAUGUUGCAUAGACUUUACAGAUGCCAAAACCAGAGGAAGACUGUCGGGCACAAGCCUUGUAUAUGGUCGCACAUUAACUGGCAUAUAUCAGCUCACUAAUGAUGGUGUAUAAAAUAAUUAUUUUCUAACAUCUUUACAUUCAAGUCAACAUGAUAUGCAAUUUGAAUGUUUUGUGAGUUUUCCACCGAGUGAAAAGUGUGUGUGUGUGCCCAUAUCAGAGAGGUCAGGAUGAAAAGCUGUAAUCUUUUGUAACUACAGUAAUUGCAAUCAGACCUUGUGCUGCAUCAUUAAACUAGCUCUAGCAGGUUGGACUUUUCUUGCUUGGGAGUUGGACUUUUGGUGGCUUUGAGAUGGAGGGUUGUUUUAUUUUAAAGUUUAGGAGCAAGUGUUGGUGCUUAUUCCUAAAUGUUAUGUUUUAAAAAUUAUUACAAAAUUAACCUAGGAGUCAACUUUAUACGGUGUAUAGUUUCUAUUUCUAGUGAACUGAUGCUCAUAGCCUUGUCGACAGGAGGCAUAUGAGCAGCUUAGAAGUAGCAGUUGGUGUGACUAUUAACAUUGCCUGUGUGCUCAGUGUGAUACAGACUUUCUGUCUGUGGCAUCAGUUAAGGUGCACUCAAGAUUCUUCUUGUAUGUUGUCUGAAGUUAACUUUAGACAUAAGAAAAUGUUAGAUUUUCCCCCCUCUUUUUUCUUUUUUUAGUUUCAAAAUUUCCUUGAUAUAGGAUUUGUCUUAGUAAUCAGGGAUCUCUGUCUCUCUCUUACACACGCAUGUUUUUAUGCAGGCAUGCACAGUUUUACAGCUUUAAUAUUGCACUUGCCUCAAUGCUCAGAUCUUGAAUUUAGGGAACAUAAACAAACAUGGCCACCUGCUCAAGAUCAAGCAAACUGACUUAAUAUCAGCAUGAGUCUAGGUUUGGGUAAACUACUUUAACAUGCACAUCAUAUAAUGCAACUGUCUUUAAAGCAAUGGUUUCUCAACAGUUUGUUGCACAACUGGGAAAGCCACAACACCAGUGGUAAAGCCGACACAGACGCAAAUAUCUGACGUGGCAACAGCAAACAGAUGCCAGUCACAGAAAAGCCUGAAAGCUAAUGUAACCUGAAGUGGUAUUAAAAUCUGAAAUGAAAUAAUAAAAGGUGGAAAUAAAAGAAAAACAACAUUCAGGGGAACUUGAGACAGAAUCAGUUUAAAAGCAACUAUAAACAAAAUCCUUUUAAAAAUUAUUAAAACUUUAUAGGCUGUGCUGUUUUUCUUACAAUCCUAUUUCUCCAAUAAUGAUUUUCAGAUACUUUAUAUACUCCUGACAAAGACUUUUUAAAAUUUGAUCCCAGGAAAACUGCAGAAAUUGUUACUGUGCUUUGGUCAAUGAAAAGGGUCACAGCCUCUGUAUUGCAAGAACAAAAAAAGUGUCUGGCAGCAUUCACAACUAGCAUCAUUCCACAUUUGAAAUAAAAAGGGAGAAAAGCCAAUCACAGUUUCCUGACAAUGCAUCAACAUCAACAACAUUUACCCAACAUGAACACCACUAGAGAUUCUGAAAGUUUUGAACUUCUUCCAAUGCAAAAGCUACAAGACCCAGUUGAACUUGAAGCAGUACCUUCUGCUUUCAUAAAGGCAUAUUAAAUGUCACCAUGCCAUAGUUAAGAUGCAAUUUUACUUCUACAACAAGGUUAUUUGUUCAUUAUGUCAAAGAUGGAAGAGGGAUGGUUACAAUGUAUCUAAUCAGCAGACAUAAGAAACAAGUCUUUGAUGUACAAAAUGAAAAUGGGUUUCAAAAAUACAAGUUACAAUGGCAGU